CGAAAGACGUACCUUCAACAGGAUCUGCAGAGACGGGCAUGUGGUUCAUCGCUGGAGAUUGAGGAAAAGAAUCGAGAACGAGAAUAUUCUGUAUAAAUAGCAUUGCAGCAAAAAUAAUUUUAUGCGAUUCGAACCGGGGGAAAGAAAGAAAGCCGGAGCGGGAGAUGGCUAUUCCCUUGAUGAGGGCUUCGAUUUCUCAUGCUCAGAUGCUCUUUCAAAUCCCAAGUCUUUCAAGUUCGAAUUUGGUGACAAAGAAGAACAAAUCGCUUCACUGUGCUUCAACGGAACCCAACCUAGUCCGGUCGGAGUUAUCAUUUUGUGUUGGGAGUCACCUUAUUCCACACCCCAACAAGAUAGAGAAAGGUGGAGAGGAUGCUUUCACUGUGAGCAGCUACGAUGGGGGACUUAUUGCAGUUGCUGACGGUGUCUCUGGUUGGGCUGAACAGAAUGUUGAUCCUUCAUUAUUCCCUCGAGAACUGAUGGCUAAUAUUUCACGUCUUCUGGAGGAUGAGGAGGUUAAAUAUGAUCCUCAAACUCUUCUAAGGAAAGCUCAUGUUGCUACCUCUUCUAUCGGUUCUGCUACAUUAAUCAUUGCCAUGCUGGAGAGGAAUGGAAUGCUCAAGAUUGCCAAUGUUGGGGAUUGUGAGCUAAGGGUUAUACGGAAAGGGCAGAUAAUAUUUUCAACAUCUCCACAAGAACAUUAUUUUGAUUGUCCGUACCAAUUGAGCUCAGAAAUGGCUGGCCAGACAUACCUUGAUGCAGUGGUUAGCGGUAUGGAAUUAAUGGAGGGAGACAUCAUUGUAAUGGGCUCAGAUGGUCUGUUUGAUAAUGUUUUUGAUCAUGAAAUCGUUUCAACAAUCGCCACACACAGUGAUGUUUCUGUGGGUGCAAAGGCAUUAGCUAACCUGGCAAGGAAUCAUUCUAUGGAUUCUGAAUUUGAGUCCCCCUAUUCAUUGGAGGCCAGAUCCAGGGGUUAUGAUAUUCCUUUUUGGAAGAAGAUCCUAGGGAUGAAGCUUACAGGCAUGGAUUGUCUUUUUAUAGGAUUUAGGAUGUUUUUGCCUGUGGUGAGGAACUUGGCCACUUGAACUGGUGGUUUUCCUCACAGGUGGGAAACUCGAUGAUAUCACUGUGAUCGUUGGUGUGGUCAUGAGCUCAACAAAUAUUGAUGGCUCAAAGGAGGACGAGGAUCUGGGAAUGCGCAACACAUUGCAAGUAGAUAAUGUCUCCUCACUGUUGCCAUGAUUAUUUUCCUUCCUUCUUUCUCGUGUAUGUAACAAUUUCAUCCUUGGAAGUUUAUGUAUUUUGUAGUUAAAUUAUGUUCUGGACAUAGCAUAAAAUGAAAUUGAAAUUUCUUGUACUUCCCAUUACGAUUAUUAGAGGCUUUUCAGCAA